AUGGCGAAAGAUACAAGAAAUAUCGAAAGCGUCGACAGCGCGUAUUAUGAAGACGAGCUGUCGAUGCUUGAAGCAAAACGCAAUAUCUUCUUUGAACUCGUCCAGGGUAUUUACAAAAAAUCGCUAGUUGUCGAUACCGAUUUAGCCAGUCGCGAGAGUUUCCUUGAUGCUGCUGACACUAUCGACGAACUCCGAUCAGAGUUCAAAGAGGUGGUUAAUGAGUAUAAUCGUACGUUGCUAAGAGCUAGGGCGGCUGCUGUCCCUAAUUAUCAGCCGAUUAUAGCCUUCGAAGAUUUGUACUGCCGCAUCAGGAGAGUGGUUAAGCGGCUGCAACCAGCCGCACCGCCGGCCUCUUCGCUGCCUUCUAUAGUGGAGAGAGCCAGACCUUCUUUGCCAACGAUGGAACUGGUAGCGUUCGAUGGAGAUAUACGUAACUGGCCGCUUUUCUACGCUAGUUUUAAAUCCAGAGUGCACGAAAAUCUGUCGCUUACUGAUGAAGAGAAGCUCUUCUAUCUUAUUGGGAAAUUGUCAUCAAAAGCUCAAGCCGUCAUCGCGGGUAUAACUCCGAGCGCUGAAAACUAUCAGCUUAUCAUCGAUAGUCUAAUUGACAGAUUUCAAGACAAGCGCACUCUUGCCUCGACCUACAUGGAUCAAAUGCUCAAUUUAAAGAUUAAUGGUCCCGCUUCCUCGUCUAAUUUUCAAACAUUCAUCGAUAAGUUUGUCACAGCUGCGAAUGCGCUUAAGUCGCUUAAGCUCGAUGAUUUAUCCGAUUUCAUGCUCCUUCAUAUGGCAUUAAAGAAGCUAGACCAGGACACUCUUCGAGCAUUUGAAAUGUUACACCGAGAUACGAAAUUGCCUACCUUCUGCAAUUUGACAGAUUUUGUGAAGAGUCAGUUUAGGAUUUAUCAAAAUGUGCAACCAAGCACCGUCGUCGUCUCCGCCGCAGCAAAUCCAUCGCGCGAAAAAGGUGUUAAGUCGUCUCAACCGCGUAGUGCCGCACCAAAACUACAAAGUUAUGUUGCUUGCGCGAGCACUACUAAAUGUAUUUGUGACAAUAUUGUUCAUGAACAUUUAUUUAAAUGUCCGUCCCUCAACAGUUUAACGCCUUCUGAACGCUUCAAACGCGCUAAAGAACUUAAGGCAUGUGUUAACUGCCUAAGUAUCAAACACCGCACCCGCGAGUGCAAUUCCGAGGUGAAAUGUCGAGUUUGUCAUCAAAAGCAUCAUACUCUGUUGCAUUUUGACAAAGACAAGGAUGAAAGAGCUACGACGUCUGAUGUGUCAAGUGCAUCUGCGAGCGCCGUAGCUAAGUCGUCUUCACCGCCGCCGGAAAGCACAUCUUGUAACACGUCUAUCGUGACUCAAGCAUUAGCGGCCUCUAACAAUAAGAUGUCAAAACAAAACUCAACAUCGUGUGAUACGGUUUUGCUGUCCACCGCAAAGGUUAUCGUCCGCGAUAAUAAGGGUGGCACGCAAGUCGUCAAAUGUUUACUUGACACCGCGUCACAAAGUAACUUCAUUACUGAGGAGUGUUGUAAGCGCUUAGGUUUGAAUUUUGAUAAAAAGCCAAGCGCUGUAUUUGGCAUUGGAAAAACUAAAAAAAUUGUUAAGGGUAACGCAGAUAUUAAAAUAUUUUCGCGAUUCGACGAAAACGUCAACUUUGACGUUUCGAGUUUUGUGGUCGAUCGCAUCACCGACGAUCUGCCAUCAGUGCCGGUGGACAUGUCAACCCUCACACAUGUUCAUGGCCUCCCUUUGGCUGACGACACGUUGGAUACGCCCGUCGCAAUUGAUGUACUGGUGGGUGCAACUAUAUUUCCACAUUUGUUACUGCCGCACAUUGUUAAAAGCGAUGUGGACUAUCUGCCACCGGCUAUUCAGACAGUAUUGGGGUAUAUUUUAAUGGGUUCGGUCCCUGCUUUACAGUCACCGCGUAAAUAUACUUCGGCAUGUUGUACUUCUGUUCAAGACUCCACAGACAACCUUCUCAAAAGGUUUUGGGAACUUGAGGAAAUAUCCGCUCCGCCCGCUCAAAGUCAAGAUGACCUUGAAUGCGAGGAUUAUUUUCGCGCCACCACUACGCGCGACGCUAGUGGUAGAUAUACUGUCGCAUUGCCUUUCCGAGAUGACGUGUUCAAGCUCGGAGAGUCGCAUUCUGCUGCUAAGAGGCGCUUUCUUUGCCUUGAAAGAAAGCUAGAGUCAUCGAGUGUGUUACGUGCCGCCUAUGACGAUAUCAUUCGUGAAUACGUCAGUAAGGGUUACAUAUCGGAGGUAACUAUCUCCAUGAAGGCCUCUCCAGCUGUCGCAUACAUAAUUCCUCACCAUGCUGUCAUACGCGAGGACAAAUCAACGACCAAAGUGCGCAUGGUCCUGGAUUCGAGUAGCAAGACAAGCACAGGUCUGUCGCUGAAUGACGUUUUGCACUCAGGGCCCAAUCUUCAAGGGGAUUUGUUUUCAAUCCUUCUGAACUUUCGCUUAUUCAAAAUAGCGCUUUCGGCCGAUUGUCGCCAAAUGUUUUUACAGAUUGGUGUUCGCGAAGCGGAACGCAAGUUUCAACGAAUCUUAUAUAGAUUCCGCCCGGCAGAUCCCAUUACCACAUACGAAUUUAAUCGCGUGUGUUUUGGUAUGAAGUCGAGUCCCUAUCACGCGCUCCGCGUCGUCCGUCAGCUAAUUGCAGACGAUGGGCAUAAGUACCCAACGGCAGCGGCGAUCGCGUCCUCUUGUACAUACAUGGUUGACGUAUGCUUUAGCAUUAUGUCAGAUGACUCGCAGCAGCAGGAUGAGUCUGUUGCUAUCGCCGCGGCUAAGGAGCUGAUUGAUUUAUUCAAAUGCGGUCAAUUUGAUCUUGUGAAAUGGACCUGCAAUUCAGACGCUGUGCUACGCGAAAUACCUGCUUCGCAUCGGGCUUCCGUAGACAUUGAAAUCGACCCAGGGGUCUCCCAAAAGGUCCUUGGCUUAUGUUGGAAUAAAUCUGGUGAUUACUUUCAUUUCAAGGUGACAGAGCCAGACUCAACGUGCACUAAAAGGACGAUCUUGUCCGCAGUGGCACGUCUAUGGGAUAACGUGGGCUUAGUAGCUCCAGUUGUCUUAUACGCAAAACUCCUCAUCCAGGAGCUUUGGUUGAUCAAAUGCGACUGGGAUGAGACUCCCCCACCCCAUAUUGUGGAUUUAUGGGAACGAUUCUGUUCGGAGUUGCCAAAGCUCAAUGGAAUCCAAAUACCGCGCCAUCUUGGAGUAGCACAGGGUUGUACUAUAAACCUUUUAGGCUUCGGUGAUGCAUCCGAGCGUGCAUAUGGAGGCGUCGUAUACCUUCAGGUUCUAAAGGGAGACGAAGUGGCAGUUCGGCUGGUGUGUUCCAAGUCGAAGGUCUGUCCCCUUAAAACAGUCUCCGUCGCGAGAUUGGAACUGUGUGCUGCGGUCCUCCUGGCAAAGCUCAUGCGGAAGGUGCAAGAUAACUUCGAACCUCGUUAUAACAUUAACGAGGUCUACGCGUUUACAGACUCGAAAGUUGCUCUCUGCUGGAUUCAGUCAUCCCCCCACCGCUGGCAAACGUUUGUUGCCAACCGGGUAGUUAAGAUUGUCGAAGCUAUUCCGGCCAACUGCUUCCAUCAUGUGGCGGGCUUAGAAAAUCCCGCGGAUAGCUUGUCCCGUGGCCUGACGCCUUCUAAGCUCGUGGACCAUCCUUUGUGGUUCACGGGACCGGCUUGGGCUUCCAAGCAUCCAUCGGAAUGGCCUUUAAGGAAGCUCGAUCGAGAGUCCAUCGGUGAAGUGCCGGAGCUUAAGCCUCUUGCACACGCUGCAACUACGGAUGUGUCAGAGUCACCACUUUAUUCACUCGCUCAGCGAAUAUCGUCGUGGUCUCGAUUAUUGCGCAUCGUUGUAUACGUGUACCGCAUUCUUAAACCGAAACCGCGCUUCUCAGCACUUUCCCGAAAUGACCUAGAGUUCGCUGAGGGUAAAAUUAUUUCAUCGUUGCAAAGUGAACACUUUAGCGACGACAUUGAUAAAAUAAAGAGCAAAAGACCUACCGAGCUGUCGCGUGAAUCAAGUGAAUAA